CCGCUUCAAAAUUGAGCAGAGAGAAAACCCUAAAAUUUUACGUUCGUUUCGAUCUCUCUUCUCCGUAUCAACGAUAUCGUCGUCUUCGUUGAUCACCCACUUUCUCUGUUUCGUCUCUUUUUCUCUUACCCAUUUCAAUUUGAUCGUUUUCUCCAAAAUUACGAGCUUCAAUCACCGCGUCAAAGUUAGGCAGAUAGAAAACCCUAAAACGUUCGCUUCGAUCACUCUUCUCUGUUUCAAUGAUAUCGUCUGCUUCGUUGAUCACCCACUUCUCUGCUUCGUAUCUUUUUCUCUUACCCAUUUGAUCGUUUUCUCCGUUAAUUUGUUUCUGUCAGACCCAAAAUCAAAAGCUUCAAUUUUUGUUUCUACAAAGUACAAAAAACAAUGGGUUCAUUGAAGAGGAAAAGAGAAACCCAGAAGGAAGACGAACCAGGGCUUUUAGAGAAGAGUUUUUUACUUACUGGGUGUGGCUCGUGGGUUCGAGGGCGGAAGCUCGGCCAAGGCGGAUUUGGGUCGGUUUAUUUGGCCUCUGUGAAAAAACCCAAAUUGGGUAGCGAGGGUUUUCCAGCGAUCAUGGCGGUGAAAUCGGCAUUGAUGGUUGAAUCGCUUGAGCUGAUGAUGGAAAAGUCACUUCUUCGAACGCUUCGUAGCAGCCCUUUUGUUAUCGACUGUUAUGGAGAAGAUGUGACGGCUGGGUUUGGUCAUAAUUUGGUAUACAACGUCUUCUUGGAGUACGCUGAUGGAGGAACAGUGGGGGAUUUGAUAAAGCAAUCUGGGGGCUCUGGGCUCUGUGAAUUACAAGUGAGGAAAUAUACAGAGUCGAUUUUGAAAGGGGUUCAGUACAUUCAUGAAAUGGGUUUUGUGCACUGUGAUUUGAAGCCUGAAAACAUCUUACUUGUGACCUCUGGUUCUGGUUUUGUGCCCAAGAUUGGGGACUUGGGACUGGCAAAGAGGGCUGUGAGCAAGCGUUCUUGUAGAGGCACUCCAAUGUACUUAUCUCCUGAAACUGUGCUCGACAGAAUUCAGGAGAAGCCUUCUGAUAUUUGGGCAUUGGGCUGUGUUGUCCUGAAGAUGCUCACUGGGAGGCAUCCAUGGGAUGCAAAAGCCGGUGUGAAACUUCAUGACCUAAAGCCUCAGAUUGCUUCUGGAGUUCCUAACAUUCCUGGUGGGUCAUCAGAAGAGGCGAAAGAUUUCUUGAAGAAUUGCUUUAUGAGGAACCCUUCAGAGAGACUCACAGCAGCUAAGCUAUUGCACCACCCCUUUGUGACGAAACUUGAUGAGAUUGGACAGGUUAAAGUUGAACCAAUAAAGAAAGUUUCUUCAGUGUUAUCUUCUGAGCACUGUGUUCUUGAUUAUGGUAGUUUCAUACCACUUGGAAGUUGGAGCUCUGAAGAGGCAGAGGAGAUGGAGCAACAGAUUCUUCCUUUGGCCCUCAUGUCCCCUAGAGAUUCAACCCCUGUGAUCCCAACCACUGGGUGCCAAAAGCCAUCAGCUUUUCCUAUAAUGGGUGCAGCUUAGUUUAUAUUGUUUUGAAAGCCUUCCAUGAAUUGAUGUAAGGCUUGAUUAUGUAUAUUCUUUUCUUGGCGACUGUAUAGGUUUUAUGUUAAUAUAGAGAGCUAAUAGUUCCACUUUGAUCUCUUUUCCUAA